GACUAGACCAAGAUGUCACAGGGUCCCCGGAUAAGUGCACGUAAAACAAGCUUUUUGAAGCGACAUAUGGAGAACGAAUUUGUAGUACUUCACCGGAGUCUUAAAUACAGGUCUCGGAUAGACAACAAACGUCGAUAUUAUGACUUUCCAAAGACAUAUCCAGCCCUAUCUGUUGUCCGACCUGCAUAAGUGUGCGAACGUUGAAGGCAGCCAGUUUGAAUGGUGCACGUGGUUUCAGAAAAACUGCUUCAGUAUUCGUAUUUGGUGGUAGCAUACAAUUUUCAACCAGGCAGUGAUUCGAGAACGUUUAGAUAGAACCGAGUUUCCACCAUAAGCGAGCUGCUGUAUAAGUCGAAAAAUAAGGAUACACAGAGUGGAAAUAAAAGAGAGUGAAUAAAUUACGUAAAUAAUAAUAAUAAUAAUGUGAAUCGUUUGAUUGUUAAUCGAAGUAAGACAAGUAUUUUCCAUAAAUAUCGACAUUUUAUCAUAUUUGUGUGUGGGCUGUGAUACUUCUUGGGUGCCCAGACCGAAGCAGUUGGUUUUCUUAGGGGGCCAUACCUCGAGCCUUUGACCUAAAGGUCUGACCCACAAAGCAGUGAAGCAUCGUGAGAAGAUGCAGUCCCAUGGUUGCCGGUGACCGAAAAUUGGUUCAUACGCCAUUUGUUCCCUCAGGAUACUGGAGCCCAUGUGCACCAUUGAUUUGGUUUGGGAUCCGGUUAAAGCGCCGGACAUUCGCUUUUCGUCCUCUCAUUUUCGUAAACAACGCCCCCGCCACAAGAAGGCAGUGAGUAGGACUUCCCUGGCAGAGGCUAUAUACGCGUGGCCGUGUGAGAGCAUUUCGAGAGGGAGGGCGGGCCCACCCCACUCUCAGCCAUAUCAGGGCAUAUAGCUUCUGAGUGUCAUGGUCCAUUCGUCGUGGGAGGAGUAUAUUGAAAUCGUUAUUACCAACAAGUUAUAGUAUAAGACUAUUUAAUUUUCUUCAAGAGAAGAUCACUUCAACCAGUUGUUAUACAAUGCAUCUUUAGAAUAUCUAUGCAAAAUGGUUUUGAAUUUUAUUUUAUAUGCAGUCGUAUUUCUCUGUAAGAAAUAGUAUUAGUUUAUAUAAAAAAAUACUAUUGCGAAUGCUCAUUUAAUCUGCAUUCAAUAUUCAUAUUUGAAAAUAAAAAUGGUGUACAGUGCAAAAUAAUUUGAAAACGAACGAAACGGAUUAGUUGGAGUAUCUGAGAGCUAGAUAAUAUAUAUUUCAGUACAUUUCCCACCACUGUUCUUCAGAAAUACACAUGAAGUGUAAAGUAACUUUUGACUUCAAUAUGGAAUCGAGUUGUUGGCGACUAUAGUAUAGUUUGUGCAUUUGUUUUACGAGAAAUACUACAAUUGGUUACCGAAGACUGACAGGUUAUACCUACUUCUACUUUCUAAUUUACACCACAGAGGUUUAGAAAUUAGCGAUGUUCUACUCAUAGAACCGUCUUCAAAUGGUAAAUUUUAGUGUAAACAUCUUGUUACUCAUUGGCUUGAUAACACUACUGAACUUCCAAAAUAUAUUUUUAUACUACAGUUAUAAGCUACAAACCAGGAUUUGAUUAAAUCCUUUCUCAGUAAUAACUAAAAUUCCGUAAUUAUCUAUCGUUCGAUUAACUGUCAGUAUGUACUACCUAGACAGAACUGGGUCCUAAUGAUUGUUUCUGGAUUUACUGACACUAUCACUGAUCGCAUGAAACACGUCAUAGUUUUACCUAAAUCUUAAAAAAGAUGUAUAUUAUAUCUGAAGUGUUGGAAACUUAUAUUUGUCUAUCUUGUUUAUGUAUGAGGUUUCCAAUCCUUUUUUGGACCAAUCAGCACUUUUGAUUAUGUGUGGAUUUCUGGUAUAAACUUAUACAAGUUUUAUUGUCUUUCAAACAAAGAAAAAACCAUAAGAUUAUUGAAGUUUUACUCAAUCGAGCGAAUUUCAAAAUCUAAUCUCUAAAUCAAACUUCACUUCCAAAUAAUUCAUCUAAAUAUCUUGACAUCAUAUUUACAUUUUCAUGAAAGUAAUUCUUUUAAAAUAGCUUCUUUAUUCGCAUUAUUUUAUUCGAAAAAUGAUUACAAAAAUUAGAACAACUUUUAUAAGUUAACAAUAUUGUUUUCAAUUAGAUCAAGCCUUAUACUAAUAUGCAUUAAUAUUUAUAUGCACGGAUAUUAAAAUUAUCAAACCAAUCAAGGCAGUCAAUAACAAAAAUGAGAUAGACUGCGUAACUAAACACAAUAAGUAAAAAGUCCAGAUUGAUGGUGUGAUCACGGGUGUACUGAGAUCGAUAAGAAUAAUAAAAGCGUGAGUAAAUAUUUCCAAAUAGGAAGUUGAACAGAAUGUUGAAAAAAAAUAGAUAUUAGAAUAAUCAUCAAUGUAAAUGUUUAAAAUUGCUCGAUAAGAGAUGUUCAAAUAAUUAGAUAAUGAGGAAUAUAUGAAAAUACAUGAAAUAUAUGAAACAAAUAAACAAAGGAUAUAGAAAAUGCUAAUGAUAAUUCUUAGUAAAACUGUUUUUUAAGCCUUUUUUAGAACACAUGGGGAGAUGUACUUUUAGCAGCCCGUGAGAUCUGUCUCCAUUUAGAGCGUACGAAUGUUUGUUAUCGUCUUUUCUCGUAGGUCAUCGUCGACUUGAAUCGCGUUAUCCAAUAACGGAAUUAAAUAAGUCGAAUAACGAGAAUUGACUUGAGAAUACAUAUAUUUCGUACAUGAAGCGAAUGAAGCACAGCAAAGCAAAAAUCACACGUAUGGAAGAUGGCUGGGAAGCCAACUCCAUUUUAGUCAAGUAUUAUUCCAUAUUUAUAGUCAGACAAAAUAAGCUACAGACAUACAAUGAGUCAUGGGACAUGAAGUGUACACACAUAUACGCUCAUGUGAAAACAGUCAAGGCUAAUAAGCGAAUAAUUGACAAGGUCAAUGUAUGGCUCAAGUAAAAUGAAUAGAAUGGGAUGUCCGAAAGCUCGAAUAAGGUAUAUGGGCUUGGCAUAAUAACUGACACUACAUACUACUUCGUUGACGCACUAACUAACUUGAUUGGUUAUAUAUUUUUUAAUAUAUGCAUAUAAAUGUUACGGUAUAUUAGUGUGGAGCUCAUUGGAGGAUCUCACUGAAAACAGUAUAAUUUUCAUGAUGAGAAUUUUUAAAAUUUUAAUAGGGUUAUGUUUCAGAGUGAUUUUGACAGAUCAUCCGUCAAUCUGCUCGCUUUGAAUCCUCAGGGCUUUAUCAUCAAGCGAUAGUAUCCUUGUUUCCUUAUUGUUCUAAAUUUUAUCGUGAUUUGUUAAUGAAGCCUGACAUUUUUUAUGGCUGUUUAAUUAUUUUAUCACGUUAUUUCCAUUUUUAAAUCAUAUUUAAAUAUGAUAACCUCUUACGGGUGUUUGCUGGUGAAUGUAACUAACAAUUAAUAUUGUUCACCGAUGAGCAAAAGGGUAUCUGAUUUUCUAUCAUGUAUCGAUUGUUUGACCGAAUUAAGGUCAGCCCUCCUUCUUUUGAGAGGUCUUUUUUAUCAGAUUUUUUUGGCACAUGGUGAAAAUCAUUGUCUAUUACAUGGCAGUUAAGUGGUGAACCAAAAGCUAAUCCGUCUCUUUAGAUGUUUUAACACCAAAGUUUCAUGUAUGCUAAAAAACUUUCCGUUGAAUGCACAUUUUUUGACCAGUUGGAUACCAGAUGGAUUUUCUUCUGAAUCAAUCUUUUUGGGGUUGUUUUAUAUAUAUAUAUAUAUAAGGUAUUUUGUGAAUUCGGUUUUUAAACGUUGUGUUUACUGUCUGAAUGUUUUACAAGAAAUAAGGUAUCAGGACAUUCAUUUUCAUCAUUUGAAAUUGUUAAGCAGUAUGAUAAUCCAUGAAGCUUGAGGUUUAUUUGAUAGUGAGGAUUUCAGUUACAUAGGAGAUAAUCGGUUAUAGAAAAACAGUUCUCAACACGGUCUGAACAAAUCUUACUUCAUCUUGUUUUCAGGCUACGCAAAAUAUUCUCACUCUGAACUUCAUGAAUCAAAUAGGUUUCAAGUAACUUAUGCUACUAAGCUUUCUGGAUUCAGUCGGGGUCAUAUAACACAGUUGCUUUUAAUGACUAGGGGUACUAAGAGAAACAGGAUGUUUUUUUUUUCUCUCCAAUUUUUCAUAAAAAAUGCCUCCACUUUGAAAAAUUCAUUCUAAACGGAUUGUGUUAUGUGUGUAGAACUUAUUAGACUAAAUAAGUCAUAAAAAUUUGAGCGAGGUAAAUUCAGUUGUUUUAGCUGUCAGUUACCUCCGGAAAAGCGGUAUACUAUUUUUCCCAUUUUCAGUGGAAACUUAAUGGAAGAAUGUUCGUGAUUCAACUAUGAUGUACAUGAUAAUUUUAUAUAGUACAUUUCAGAUGACGUUAGUGUUCCUCUGCAAACUUUUGUGAUUAUUGAAACUGUUAAGAUAAAUUUUCCCAGUUUAAUUUGUUUAAGACCAAUAAUUUUAAUCAUAUACUUGGAUUUUCUUUCGCUUUAUUUGACUACUCUAGUCAGACCGCAAGUUUCUGGGUUAUUCAUACCUUCGAAAUCUUUUGAUUUCCGUAAUAUACAAACUUCGAAGUCGUAUUUAUCUACAACACCUGUUCAUCGAAGAGCAUCUCAGUAUAAUCAACAAAUUCAGCAUACUCAACAAGCUUACAUUAUGCAGCCUGCACAAGAACGUGUAGCUGUCACAGAUGUAUGGGCUACUUGUCUUUCUAUUGUAUUCAACUCAUCUAAUUUGCCCACAAGUUGUCCCAUGGCCAUCAAAUCUGCUUGGUCAAUAUUGUUUCAACGAAUAAGUACUAUUUUUCCUCUAAUUGACCCGAGAUCAUUUCUCGUGUAGACGGUAAUUGUUCAUAAAUAUUUUAGCGCACAAAUGGCUGAAAAUCGAGCAUCCUCGUUACUCCGAACUGGAAGUAAGAAACCUGCAAAUGAACGUGAACAGUUCAUUCCUCUUUGGCAUAAUUAUGUCGUUGUUGGAUGUUGUAUAGCUCCGAGCUCUACUGGUUUACGGAUUUCGAAAUCUCCAGAUACGCGCUAUCAGCCUGGGUUCCAUCUACAAAAGCAUUCACUUGACUUUUCAACAAAAGGGGAUUCUAAUGAUUGUGACAACAAUCGAUCUCCUACUCAAUCAGACGAAGUGGUAAAUCAAACGACUGAUUUGAAUGCUAACUCAUCGUCUAAUCGUUCAGCUGUAUCUAAUUCUCCAUGCAUUAAUUGGUCUAAUUCGCCAGAUUUAAAGUAUUCAACAUCAUUUGGAAAAGUGAACGCUAGAGAUUUGGUCAAGUUGCUAGUACCUUUGCUUAGAUGUGAACAACCGGAAAUAAGAGAUUCAGCUAUUGGUGGUCUUGGUCGGAUAAAUCCGGCUGCUUUCAGAGAUGUCCUUGAAGACUUGCAACCGUUGCUAAAAGAAUCUUUCGAUCGAAAACAAGAGAAUUUACGCCGCCGACGUCGACGUGAUGGUUUACGAUCUGCUUUAGUUAAAACUCUUUCUCUUAUGGCACAGACUGGUGUAUUUGCAUAUCCCGAAUCAAAUAUAGUCACACCUCAAGGGUCUUUAAUUUGUCAGCUUCUUGAUUACAUGGAUGGAAUGAGAGGUUAUUUAGAAUCAGUUUCAGACCAGUUAUUAAGUCCAAUCAAUUAUACACAUCAAUUAUCUACAUCGUUAAAUCUCUUAGUUUCUAUACCGUCUGGUUCUACUUCUCAACAAGUUACUACAGUUGGAAGUAUUUCAAGCAAUCAUCAAGUGGGUGGAUCUAUUAGCACUAAUUCUGUAAUUGCUUCUUUAUCUACUCCUACAACUACUGGACCUUCAUUAACUAGUUAUUCAUCGGAAUUUUAUCUAUUGGGUGAAAUUCGCUUACAUUUUUGUAUUUUUAUUAAAGAGCUAAUUCGACGUUUACCAAAACAGAAUCGUACAACUUUAUUGCCUCCAACAUUAAGGCAUCAAUUAUUCAUUUUGUUGUCUCAUUGGAGUGCUCAUUUUGAUCAUAUCAUGGGAACGUACUUAGGGUCUGAAGGCCCGGUGCUUACUGAAUCUUAUUCUUUUGAUUCAAAUGAAAAUAUGGUCGGACAAUCGUCUAGUCUAAAUGGGAUAGUUGGUUUUUCUCCAUCAAAUGAAAUGCCUCACGGAAUUGUUGGGAUUCACCAUCAGUUAUCUAGUGAUAAUUUCCUACAACCUCUCAAUAGCCUGGGUGUUAACAGUGCUCCAUCUUCUGGUUCUAUUGAAUGCAAUGGUAAUAUGAGUGUUUCAUCAACCCAAACCACUCAGAGUCCUACAAUUCAACAGAAAACCUGUGAAAGCGAACAAAUUGAUAUGAGUGAAUAUGUGGAAUAUUGUUUAUGGAUUGAUUUAAUUUGGUUGUCAAAUCAAGCUAUGGCAGCUUUGGUAUGUUGUGGGCCAAUAUUUGAUCGUUCUGCCUUGCUACCGCAAGACAGUGGAAAAUUAAACCAGAUAAUCCUAGGUGUGGGUUCAGAUGCAUCAUCUGUUUCUGGUCCAGAACGUUUGAAUAGUGGUUCAGGUUCAAAUGUUCGCACUCCUAGUUCUGGAUAUGUGCUUCGUUGGAUUUCUGGACUUCUCGUUGCACGUGAUACUGCUCUCAGUUCAAGUCCGUGGCUAUGGUUUUGUCCCAUUACAGGACGCGGUCUUUUGCAUAGUACUUUAACUCUUGGAGGCGCAUCAUUGUGUGGCAAUAGUCAUACACGUUCUCGCAUGAUAGCAGCUGGUGGUGGUCGUCGAUUAGAUUCUCUACUUCGACAACUAGGUGAAGAAACUUUAGUCCUUAUGUUAGAUUUCAAUUCUGACAAUACCGGUCUCUUCAACUGGGUAAUUGAUCAGUGUUAUACUGCAUCAAAUAUAUCAUUGUCUACAGCAUGUUUUGAAUGCAUUUGCCUCAUAAUGAGUAAUAUGCCGAAUUUCGCUUGUGAUUUUAUUGCUAUGAUCACUUUAUGCUUCGUUUUUAUUGAUCAUCCUUCAAGAUUUCUCUCUGACAGAGCUUUCUAUUUACUACGAAUUCUUUACCAGCGUUUUAUCAUAGAACCUGGCGAAAUUCUAUUUAAACAAGCACAUACAACGGAAAUUGAUAAAUCAUUUGUUCUCAACGAAGCAGCUAAUUCUCAAUCAUCCCCAACUUUGUGCAUACCAGGGGAUUGUGACUGUUUUCAGUUAUGUAAAUACCUGCAAAUAAAUAAACUAUUUUAUAAUUCUUUUAACCGUUGGUCUCCUUGUGAAGUUGUGAGACAGUUUGCCGCUCAACAUCCUGAAUUUACGAUCGCUAUUUUUUCGGAGAUUUCUAAACGUCUCGAAAAUGCUAGAGAGGGUUUACGCAUCCCAUUAUUACGUCUACUUUCAAUUUGGCUUGUCAAUGUGGAACUUGUAGAUCUUGUGGAAGGUGAUUUAUUCGAUACAACAAAUCAUAAUAUGGAUAAAGACGAUGAUGAUUUUUCCGAUAUAGAUAAGGAUAAUUAUGUCUGUCGGUCAAAUAACUAUGAAAAAUCUGGCAAUUUGCCUGAACCUACAUUUAGAGUUUAUAAUACCACCAGUUUAGUUGAAACAUCAGAACAACAGCAACGAAAAGAUUGUCCUGAACAUCGUACUCGUCCAUCAAAACGAUACAAACGUUCAAAAAGCCUAUUAAAUUCGGAAUUACUUUAUGAUCAUGAGGAUGCUGACGCUGAUUCAGAUAAUAUUAUUGAUGAUCGAAAUUUCAAAUCACUAACACUGUUGCGAAUGCGUGCACGUCAAACUAUGCUAGAUGAACAUGCGGACAUUUGUAGUCCUCGAACAUGCCAUUUUCAUAAUCAUUUCAAGAAGAAUGGAUGCAAGUAUAACGAUAAUAAUAAUAAUAAUAAUAAUAAUAAUAAUAAUAAUAAUCUACAUUGGUCAACUGUACCUCCCACUCUUCGUUCUAGAGGAUGGGGAUCGAAAAAAGCCACCGAAUUCGUGCUUACAAAUCUUUUCUACUUAUCCUUAAGGCUUGCUGAUUGUCCAACUUCAUCUGAGGUACUAAAACAACUUUGGUUGACGUUAAUUCGCUACCGGUCAGCGAAUUUGCGUGUGAUUCUUCGAUAUCUUAUUAUUAUUACUUCUAUUGCACCUGGUACUCUAUUAGUACAUGUUAAACGUCUCCUUACGUAUCUGGCUUCUGAGCAGGCUGAGCGUGUCAUAGGAGAACUAAUGGUCGAAAUGCAGACUAUUGAUGGUAUUGGUCUAGUUGUUGAACCCAUAUCUAGUCUGCCAUUCUUUCGAGUUAGUACUUCUACUCAACAUCAUCGUCAAUCUAUCGAAGAACUAAAAUCUCACAGAUAUCAGUCAUGCGUUUCAAAUAAUUCAUCAUCGAAGACUGCGAGCAAUUCUAGUCAGAGAGUUAAUGAUCGUUUAUUAGUUAACCAAGAAGGAAUCGGACAACCAGAUGAUGAAUUAGUUGCACUCGGUUUAGGUAGUAAACCUUGUUCUAACACAACGGCGCAAGUACGAACGUUACAUAGUGCUAUUGGAGGAAGUUAUGAUUAUCGCAAUAUCGAUUUUAAUUUGAAUGUGAAGUCUCCUUCAAAUGCAACAGUACGUCCAAAAUCAGCUACAUGUCAACCAUCUACUGUCACUAUAUCUACUAAUAGACCAAAUCAACAAACUACCUUAAAUGAAAGUAGAACACAGUUUACAACAAUAUCAUCCACUUCAAAAGAUAAUAACAAUAGUCACAGCUCUUCUGAAUCACCACAAUCAGAGAAAUCCCGUGAAUCAGCAGCAGCUUUAUCUAACUACCAGCUAGUUGAAGGAAGUGAUGGAGAGCCAGAAAUAGAUCUUGAUUCAUUUGAAGGUUUCACUAAGUGUGGAUCAAAUUUGGAUGAUAAAUAUGCUACUCUGCGCGCUAAAGAUAUUGCAGAUUUACUAACAUCACCUAACCCGAAAGACUUCCAAUCAAGUGAUUCUGAUUCUAAUUGUGAUAUACCGAAUCUAUAUAGGCGCGGUACAACAUUUCCCAUUAUUUCUGACGCCUACGAACGAUCUGUUUUUUCAUCUGUGCUAUCUAGUCCACUGAAUGAAACCAACUGUUUAUCAACCACUGGCAGAAUUUCAAGACAGCCGAAAUAUUUAAAAGAAUACAAAGAAAAACGAUCUAGAUGGUCUAACAAUUCGAAAGUUGAUGCUGUUGGAUCAUCGAGAUUAGACCCUUUUCACCACUCAGCUUCAUUGCCACCCAGUCUUGCUGCCCUCCCUCCACUACCUUUACCACUUCCUGCCAGCGUUUCUUCCAUUCUAAGUCUUUCCUCAAGAGGAUCUACAGGAUCUAACACAUGUAUAUUGUCGAUAUCUCCUGUCACUGUUGAUAGAAAAAGCACUACCAGUUCUGAUAAAUCGGAUAUUAAGCCUUGUGUACGUAGAAGUUCGAACGUGGAAGUAAGUCAUUCGAGCAACAGAUCAUACCUUGACUACAACUGUAAGCCACUCCCUAUGCCUGCAAAUGGAGGUUAUCCCGCCCCUCUUGGUUUAUGGUUGUCUGAACCUUUGGUAAUUGGUGGGUCAGUUGUUUUCAGUGGUAGUUGGCCUCCUGCAGGACCUAGGGCACCUUUAGUUCUAAUAUUGGCCGGCGGUUUAACUCAGUCAAGAGAUAUCCACGUAGAUUGGAGUGAACAUCUACCUUUAAUGCUUCUUGGUGUAUUUCUUGGUAUUGACCACUGUCGUGCACUUGUACAAGAAGAAUCUAAACACUUGCUAGUAUCCUUGUUAGAUCAAGUGUGUCCACAUCAUGAUAUUCUUCGUUUGUUACGACUUGAAUUAGAAGCCAAUCUUCAUCGUCUUGCUUAUCCCUCUGGUUUUCCUGGUCCUCGUGUUCAAGACUAUCGUUUAACGUUAGAUGGUGGGCCAUAUCGUGAAAAGUUCAGCAUGGUUAUUAAUCCCUUCGAUUCUAUUGAAAGGGAUCAGUUGUUUCCUUCACCACUCGUUUCUUGUACAACCACAAAGCAUGAUAGAAAUAGUAACUUCAAAAGUAGGUCGCCAGCUGAAGAUGAAGAUAUUCUACAAACAACAUCAUCUGCUCUAAUACCACUGAAAGAUAUUAAUGUUACGACUAGCUCAGCUGCCAGUCCAUCAUCACCUAGCAUUAGUCCACCAAUAGUUGAAAAUUUUCAAACCCAUCCAACUCUGUUAACCGACCAAGGUCGAUUGAGUGGUUCAAUGUUUAGUCUUACUAGUACUGCAACUUUAAUUCCACGUCAUCAUGAAAGUAAUCUCUUUGAAUCACACAGUUGCAAUGACUCAUUAAUACCUAAACGCAAUUCAGUUUGUUAUAACUUAAAUUCAAAUAAUUCAGAGAAGGAAGUUUUACGUAAUAAAACACUUGCAAGUGCUGUUAGACCUUCAUCUGUUUAUUCUAAAUCACGGUCUUCAAAAUCUGUGUCUUCGAACUGUGUCCCAUUCAAUAACCAUUGUUCAUUAAGAAUAGAGAAAACUAAGAGAAUUAAAAAAUCUGAUCUUAAACUAUUAGAAGAAGCUGUUCAACAACUUAAAAGUUUACUUUUGAAUAGUUCCGGACAAGCUAUAUGGACGUGGGAAGAUUUUAACAUACAACACAAUUCUUUUAGUACCACAUUUCAGUAUUCUUAUCAAAAUGAAUUUCAUCAGAUUCUUAACAACGAGAAAGUAGAAAAUAAAGAGUCAGUUAUAAAAUCAAUGACUAAUGUUAACUCUUUGGAACAACUUGUUAAACUUGUUGCUCGUAUACUAGCCUUAUCUGAAGCUGGUUCUGAACAGGCUGAAAAGUGUUUGCAGUGCUUACAUGGUCCACCACAUGAUCAUAAUAGCCAGAGUUUAACUUUUGCAGAUGAUGAUUACAAAGAUACGAUUAUUGAUCAUUCAAAUUAUUGUAUGGUUGCACGUUUAUCUCGAGUUGCUUUGAAUACUGGUUUAUCGUGUCCUAGUCGACAUCUUGCUAGUCGUUCUUUACAAAUUCACCGCGCUCUUGGUGGUCAUUUAGACAAGAAAUCUUUUUCACAAUUGUUAGCUAGAUUAGGUGAAACAGUAUCUGAUGGGAGUGAAGAAAUACAGGGUUAUGUCGCUGAACUUUUCCUCACACAAGAAGCGGCUAUUCAUCAUUUGAAAUCAAAAAGUGAUAGUUUGCUGGAAUCUGCGUCUUAUUUUACCUCUGAACCUACCUCUCCAUCAUCUAGUUCACUUAAUGGGAGUGGACGUAAAUCAGUGCAAAAUAUAGUUUCAAUAUCAGAUCGUCGUCAUUUUCAUCGUCAUUCAAAAUCUUCAUCUUUAAUUGGAAAUCGGCCAUGUCAUUUAAGUUCUGUUAUGCCUAUCAAUGAUUGUGGUUUAUCUAAAUUAACUCAAUCAACCUCUCCAAAUUUGGAGUAUACAUCAUCAACCUUAUCAUUUCCUUCGGAUUCUAAUCACUUAACAAAAAUAUCUAGUACUUCAAAUACAUCUACACCUAAGCCAAAUAAUAACAAUAAUAAUGUAUGCCUGUUACCCCCAGAAGAACGUGCUGAUCUGAUUAUUGGAAUCUUUUGGACCGGCGUUUUACUCCUGGAAUCAGAUUUUGAACAUGAAUAUUUGGUUGGUUUAAAACUCUUAAAUUUAGUUAUUCCGAGUGUUUGCACAUCAAAUUUAAGCCAAUCAUCUAAGUGUUCGAAAAUAAAUUUGAGUGAUAGGGCGCAAAAGAUGCUUAACCAAUUACAAUGGAUUCCAUGUUUUCCUGGAAUACUUAGUUUGGUGAUUAAAGGUUGUUCUUCACCAAAUCUUGUGGAUCAGUCUUGUCGAUUACUCGUAUCAUUAAUCCCCUUUCUCACUCAUCCUCUGAUAGUACCAACUGGACGUAUGGGGUUAUCUAUUCAAUUAUCAUUUCCUAUUGUUCUGCUUACUCUUAUGCCUAUGUUAAUAACCGCUUGGGAUGAAGAUCCAUCUACAUCAGUCCCUAUAAACCCAUGUGAUACUAAUGCUGAACAACUUAGUUUCUUACAGGGUGGUUUUCUAGGUAGAGGUAUAUGUGGAUCGUCAAAUGUUAUUCCUCGAGCACUUGGUUCAUGGACGUCGUGUUUUUGUACUCCAUACACGGCGUAUACGAAUCCAAACAUAGCAUCUAAUUCGAAACUAAGGACAGACAGUAUCGGGCUGUUUGGUAAUUGUCCAUCAAACAGCCUUGGCACUUUCAGUGCUCAUGAAUCAACGUCGAACUUAAACUCAAUAGCUACAGGAAGCACUAGUCGCGACACGCAAUUGAAUUCGAAAUCACCAAUUUUACGUCCAAAGAACCCCAUUUGUAUUCAGGCCGCCGAAUCACUUGCUCAGGCUGCAUUAAAAACUGAUCCAAUCCAAUUUACAAAUCUAGCACUGAUUCUCCGUCUUUAUGCUUCUGGUAGUUUUUCCAAGGACGUUGAUCAAUGGAGUCGAUGUGUUAUAUGCUAUUUAUUAGAAGGUUGUAGCUCAAAUAUAUCACGUUUGCUGAAACAUAUCAACAUGCUCUUAACUUCUGGACCACCUUGUCUCCAAUUACCUUUGCUUAAAGUGGCUCACUUGUUUUUACAACAAGUUGAUAUCAAUCAACGAGACAUGGAAUACUCAUUACAAAAUUUUAUUACGUCGAUUGUUAACCAGUUUAUUGGAACAUGUUUAUGGACCCAUGUUAUUCCAAUUUUACAAGUUACCGUUUCACGUUCAGCUGUAUUGAACUCUGUUCCAGAAACACCUGCAUACACUUUACCUGGUUUAGAUCCUUCAGGUAGUGGUCGUGUAUUAGAUUAUGCAAUCGCUUCGGCAGCAGUAGCUGUUCCACUACCAGACAGUGAACCUCCUAGAUUAGAACUUGGUGGUCCUGUGUUAGAUUUCACUUUUAAUGUUCUUCAAGAAGCCCCAUUAUUAGCUUCUCAGUAUGCCCCAAUCUCUUCAUCGCAUUCAACUUCUGAAAAUAUAUCUAAAGUGGAUAUUCCAACAUUUGAUCAUACUUCAUCAUCAAAGGGCACUAAAAAAGAUUUUAUUGAUGUUAGUGAUAUUGGCCUAACUGAAAUAUUCGUAUCAGCAUCUAAUGGGUGGAAUAAGCCAGGAAAUUCUCAGAUACGUUUGCGCGAAAAGCUCUAUUGUUUAGUCAGUUGUUAUGGACUUCCUCCUCAACAGUGUAUCAGUGCUCCAAGAAGUCCUUCGGUUAUAUUCAGUCAAUCUACUGAAACUUUAGAUCCUCAAUUAAGUAUCCAUUCCAGCAGUGAAACAACAUCUGUAGUCGAUAUUAGUAAUUCAGAUGAUAUUCAUUUAGAUGAUACAAGUAGUGGUGAACAGACUGCUGUGUUUCGUGAUUUGGAUACCUAUUUAGAUGCUCAGUUGAUGAAUAUAAACUUUUUAGGUGUACCAGAUUGUAGAUUAGUAAGUUAUUUUAUGUAUUCAUAUUUUCUAUCGUACAAUGGUAUUGAGAUAUGGUUUAGACAGCGGUGGCCAGAUAGUUGAGACUGUAUUACAUCAAACGAGAACAUUAUUAACAGAAUAGAUUCUUAUAGAACUAGUCUGAACACUUCUAACUUUCUUAAUAUACACACUUCUGCUCAAGUAAUGGAAUAUUAUCAUUAUUCAUCAUACCAUCAAAUGUGUUUUAAAGCCAAGUCUAUGAACUUGUAUUUGGUCAGUGCAUAAAUUUAUGAACAUUUAACUAACAACGUUUUUGUAGCUUUAUUUCUACAUUAAUGUAUCUACCGAAUUGUGAUGAAAUGUAGAUUUUCGACGGUGAUGAAAUCAAUUAGUAAGAUGGCUAAAUAGUUUAAAAAUUCUUGUUGAUUCGUAAAGAAAAGCACAAGAGUUCAGCGAGAAAGUCCGAUUUUUAGUGGUAUCGUCCCCAAGUUAUACAACCACACUUAAGUAUUAUGUUCACCUGACAACAAAGCAGGAAAAAUUGCAAACCAAUAGUUAUUUUGAAGAAAAUUAGGUUUUUAAAAAAAAAUAUCAGCGAGACAAUUAUGGUGUGAUGGGAGAAGUUGUACCAGUAAGUUGAACGAUGGAUGGAUAUUUACAGCUUCAUAAACAAUAUUGGGAUGGAAGUCACUGUGCUAGUUAAUACAAUGUAAUUUCAAUGAAGUAUUAAGUGGAAAAAUGCUAAUAGCUUGUUUAGUUGAUGGAUUGUAAAAUCUUUGAAUAUUUUUUACGUAUAAUUAUUCACUAACAUGCAGAUUAUUUUGUUUUUAUCUCCUUGUUAGGCGUCAACAAAUGCUUCCAUGAGUGUAAGUCCAAUGAUAAUCUUCCUGUUUAAAAACAUCUAGGUUGUUUAAUAUACAGAAAGAUUAAGUUCAUCCUCAUUACUUCAAUACAUGUAGACUACUCCUAUAUCAUGAUUACUCUUCAACCAUACAUUUCUAUUCGCUAAAGUGGUUCGUGGUGGUAAAUUUAAUUUGAAGUUAAUUUUCAUCACAAACUAUUAUCAGUUGGUGAUGCAUCACAAGCAAGGAAGCAUUGUCCUAUUUCGAGACUCAACAGCGCACAAUUAUGAUAUUAUAUAGGAUCGAACCCAUAACCGUCAUAUAGAGAUCAAGACACUGUAUACAAUGGUCGAUACUCUAAACUUCAAUGAAUUUUCCAGAUCUAGUGAUCCUCAUCCGAUAUUAAUGAUUAGUCAUGGACCCAAUCUUUGCCCCUAGUUGACUUUGCAGAUCAUUACUCCUCACUUAGAGCCCUGUCAUUUUUAUCAAAUUUAGUAAAUCAUGUUUGACAUAGUCAGAUAAUUUAUGGGUAUUUAUUCAAUGCAACCUAAAGGUCCUUGGUUGAAUUUCAUCAAGUUUCUCAUCAACAGACUCGUUUCAUCUAGCCAGUGUUGGAACAGUAUUCAUUUUCUCCACAGUCAUUCAUAUUAAAUUUGACUGGAACCUAUUUAACACGUAAUGCUUGGUUGAAAUUUUUAUUAUUUUUGUUGUUCACUGCUUUUUAGGAGGAAGAACCUAGACGUCCUUGGGGUGUACGAGGCCAAGCAAUUACAUGUCAUUUCGAUUUUAAUGGAGAUGGAAAUGAAUCAGUUAAUAAUGAGUCUGUCGGUGGCUUAUCUCGAACUGUACAAUCGUUGGAGAAAACAACUAGUAGUUUGGCACAUAGUAUCACAGAAUCGGAUUAUUUUACAGCUGCUUAUCAACAUCAUCAUCACCACUCAGAAAAGCAGCAUCAAAAUAGAACACAUUCAUUGCCACAUUUAACAUGUGUUACUAAUAGUCUAAGUGGUGUGAAAGAUACAGAAUCUAAUAGUUCGAGUACAAAUCGAUAUUCAACGAUAACAAUUAGUAAUAAUUAUACAGAUGAUAACAUAGAUGGCAAAUAUUCAGCAGCAUCAUACAGUGAAGAACAACCACUACUACCACAGUUGGAAUACAAAAAUCCAUCAACUUCACUUGCCUGGCAAUCAUUCGCUGAGGAACAGUCAAAUUUUAGGAUUAAUGAUUUGAUGAAUGAUGAGUUUACUGGAAAAGAAAAGUUUAAUAAAGGUAUACAGGUAGUGAAAUAUCCACUUGUUACCGUACGCAAUUCACGUAGUGAACGUGUAACAUUUAAUCUUGAUGGUGAUAAAAAUCAAGAUGAUAAUGAUGAGGUCGGCAGGCAGGAUGAUGUUCAUCGAAAAAAUAAGAUAUCUAUGGACGAUGGUAUAGAGAAAAUCAAUGAUCGAUGCAUGUCAAAAACGUGUAAGGGAAUCCUAAUCAAUCGCUCAAAUCAUGAUUAUGUUAAGGGACUACAUAAUGGAUUGCUACUGUCCGAUACUGUGCUUGCUAAUAAUUCUCGAGUACGAUCCGCGUCAACACAAUCACUCAAUAAUGAUGGGAAUUACAAUGAAACUAAUAAUUCAGAUCAAAAUUUAAGGUCACGUAUAUAUUUUCCUCGAUGUCUGUCAUCCAAUCGUAAUGAAGUAGGUACAAAAUAUAUAAAUCAUGACAGAUUGACAGAUGAACCUGAACAAACAGUUGAUAAUCACCAUUAUCAUGAUCAUUUUUCUGUGAAUACUCCACAAAAACUUUUGGCUGGACAAAUCAAACGUAGUGUAUCAACAUCUGAAUUAUUAUUGACUAGACAACAUUUUACAUUGAAUAAUAAACCAAAUGAUUACAAAUCUUUAAUUAAUUCUGCAGUGUUGUCACCGUUAACAUAUCAAAAUAAAGUUAGUUAUCAUGUAAAUGACAAAUAUUUUACUAGCUUCUCUUCAUCUUUAUCAUCGACAAGGUCACUGUCGCCAGUGAAUCAUCACAGCCGAUUCGAACAAACGGCGUUUAAUUUAAUUAGUACAAAUGAUAAAGAUAAUUUGAACACUAAUAAUAAUAAUAAUAAUAAUAAUAAUAAUAAUAAUAAUAAUAAUAAUAAUACUGAUUUAUCAAAAAUCAUUUCAUAUCGACCAAAUUUACCUUGUUCUUCUUCCGUAUUGCCUCAAUCGAUUCCACUUUCAUUAUCACCAACAUUAACAGCACCAUCUGUACAUAGUUCUCAUUUAUCACUUCAUUGUAUUGAAAUUAUUCGAAAAUCCAGUGAUCUCCCUGUUAUCCAUAGAAAGCAUAAAGCAACAAGUGAUUCACAUUUGAAUUGCUUUAAUAAACAGUUAUUGUGCCAUCAUCAAAAACUUCAUCAAUCAAAUAGUCAUCAUCGGUGUUAUCAUUUUUCAUGUGUUAAUGAAAGCACUCAUAAUGUUGAUUCUUCUGAGUGUACUUCUUUGAACAAAAUCGUAUCAGUUCAACCAAUACAAAGAUUAUGCAAUUGGAAGUAUCCACUAAUUACUCAACAAAAAUGGAUUGCAUUAGAACCAUUAUCGAACUCAACCUGUUUACACUUCGAUGAACAACAAAAGUUAAUAUCGCUACUGAUGGGACUUCCACAAUUGUAUCAGGAGAUAAUUUCACGCUAUAUUAAUGCUGUUAACGAUACGAUCGAUUUGUCUGUUUGUUGUUGGACUGAAUCAAGCCGAUUGAAUUGUUUAGCGAAAUUAGUCGAAAAAAUCAAAACCUAUUUGAGACCACCUUGGUUUUUUUGUCGUUUAUGUCAGGAUGAUCUUACUGAGACGGUUCAUUCUUAUUUAAUAAGUAACAUGAUUCAUUUAUUGGAAAAACACCAAGGAAUCCAAAAUCAAUUUGAAAAACUUUAUAAUCUAUUACAAUCUGAAAAUACCAGAGACACAUUUAUCCAACUAUUCUGUAAUAUGUUCACUAACUUAAUAGAAUUUGUGAAAUAUUCAUAUGCUAGUGUUGAAACCAUUUAUGCUAAUUUAUCCAAGUUGAAGAAAAAUGAAAUCCUAUUACCUGCAAUACUGGAUCGAUCUUGUCGUUUCCAAUAUUUACUAAAGCGUGUUCUAUUAGGUCUAGAUUUGACCAGUGAUAUCAAUAAUCAUGAUGAUAACAGUGACGUACCUAUCAAACCAGCUAUUUGCAAUGAACCCGCUGCUUUAAAAAAUCAACUAUGUGAAUUCCUAGCAAACAUGCUGACAAGUUUUCCAAACGAUGAAUUACUAACCGGGUCCAAUAAUUUUAAUCCAGAAAAUUGUAAACAAGUAAUUAGAUUGUAUAAACAAUUAUCACAUAAGUCCCCAGAUGAAUCAGAAGUACCGAUUGAUAUGGUGAUCAAUAUACUGAAUAUUUUUGCAAAUUAUGUCUGGGAAAGGGACUCCACUUCAUAUAUUGCAUAUCUUCCGUUACCGGCACUUGACAAAGACAUAAACGACCAACUAGAUACUACCAAUUACUGCGCUUAUUUAACUGAAAGCCUACACCACCUCGUAUUAAAUGAUAAUGUUAAUGAUGGUGAUAAAUUAUGUUGACUAACACACCAGUGUUGUUUUUUUCAAUUUUAUUUUGUGAUUACACGAGAAAAAUUCAGUGCUGAAAUUUUCCCCAGCUUACGAUCAAUACAAUUUCGCAUACACAGUACAAAAUAUACGAUAAAUUUGGACGGAUAUUUUUUGUACAAGCAACUAUGUUUUCAAAUCUAUUUAAAAGAACUAAAUUUUCUGAAUAUAUUCCUUUCCUAGUUCUUUUCACUGAGAUAAGACGUAAUUAACUCCCAUCCAAUAUUUCACUUUAUUAUUAUGUGUAUUUCCUCACAGUGUAUAAAAUAACACACUAUGCUUUUUUGA